CUGACAGAUUUCUAAUGUACAAAGUUCUAAAAGUGUAUCUUUAAAAUAUUGCAAUAUUUAUUACGAUUUACGUUAUAGUAUUGUAGACUGAAACUUAAAAUUAAUAAUUUACUAUAAAUAAUUAUUUCUUAGGAGUAGUGUAAUCGCAAUUUUAUUGUUAAAUCAAUAAAAUUGCACCUACAAUAUGGCAUUGGCAAACUUACUUGCGACAUUAUUAAAUGGACAUGAGUAUUGCGCUCUGUGUUUCAAAAUUAUCAUUAAUGAGACGAAGUCAGAAUUACAUGAAGAGGUUACGGUUUGUGAGAAUAAUACAGAAAGCUCCUUAAAAUUAUUAGAUAUACUAACCCUCGUCUUGGGUGAUGAGAUUUGUCAUAAACUAUCACCAAACAAAACCAUAUGCAAAACUUGUAUAAGAAUAGCAGUAAAUAGUUAUAAAUUUAUCAACACCACGAAACAGAAUUUUACAUCUUUAAAUAAAAUUCUUGACAGUCUCCUUAAUAAUAUUAAAUUGGAAUCAUACUACGAUGAUCAAAAGAGUUUAUUUCUUGUUGUAGAUACAAAACACUACAGUUUAGAAAAGUAUUACCACAAAAAAAUUGCUCCGUCUAGCAAAUUAGCAUUGAAAAGAAUUGACUCCUUAAUUCAAGAUCAACAUUUUAAAACAGAUAUAGUGAAAAAUGAAAUAGUAGAGAAUAAAAAGAAACAGUACUCAGUAAAGAUACAAACACAAGAUAUGCUUUAUGAUAGAAAUGAUAGACUGAAUUUAAAAUGUAAAAAAUGUUUGAAAAUUUAUCCUACAAUAUCCAAUUUAAGAAACCACUUCAUUAGAGUUCAUGCACCUAAAGACUAUGAAUGUACAAUUUGUAAACGGUGUUUUGGUUCAAUGGCCUUACUACAAUCUCAUAAAGAUGAAAGUCAUGUUACUCUUGUAUGUAGUGAAUGUGGUAAAACAUUUAAUAAUCGCCAUACAUUGAAAAUGCAUGAAAUUAGUCACUAUUUUAAAAUAGUUUGCAAAGAUUGUGGACGGGUCUAUAAAAGCCAAUCUACAUAUAAAAAGCAUUAUGAGUUAAAUAUAUGUAAACAAAUAUCUAGAGCUUCACCGUCAGAUGCAAAAUUCACUUGUGAUUAUUGCAAUAAAAGGUAUACUCAGAAAGUAACAUUACGAGUUCAUAUUCAACAUGAGCAUUUAAAUUAUAAAUCACAUGAAUGUGAGUGGUGUAAGAAAAGGUUUUGGGCACCAAGCCGAUUAAAAGCUCAUAUAAUUAAACAUACUCAGGAUAAAAAAUUUCCAUGCAAUGUCUGUGGUAGGAAGUUUGUUACCAAAGAGUCAUUAUUGUAUCAUACAAGAUCACAUACUGGAGAAAAGCCAUAUAAAUGUGACUACUGUGAACAGAAAUUUGUAUCAGCAUCUCGCAAAGCUGGUCAUUUGAAACGUUUUCAUGCUGAUGCUAUAUUUCAGUGUACAGUAUGCAAUCACAAGUAUACUACAAAAAUCUGUUUAGAAAAUCACAUGAAAACUCAUACAGAAAAUAAAUCAUGUUUAGAAGAUAAUGUAAUUGAAACAAAGUUAAAACUUCCUGUAGUUGAAAAUUUAUACUUUAUGUCUGAUGAAGAGCCAUUUUGAGCAUAUUAGUAUGCAAAUUUUAUUUUAUUUAUGCUCUCAAACAUACCAAUGCCACUAAACCUUUUAGGUAUGGAUCUCAGAUUUCUAUAUCUGUUCUGUGAUCAUUUACAAUAAGCAAGUAAGACUAACAUUGUUGUACACGAGCAAGUGUUAAAACAUAGACAUGGACAGAAAUUCCAUGGGUGUGAAGCCAGGGGUUGAACCUAUGACCCCAGAGAUGAAAGACACAUUGAAGCCAUUAUCACACAUUAAAAGUGAGAACAAUUUAACAAGCAAAAGCGAGACAGGCAUUUAAAAUGGAUAUUUGUUUCUAGUCAACCGUGUACUGCAGUAGAUAAAGAUGAAUAGUAAGAUGAGAUGUGAAACGCGUUAAAAUCUUUUAAGGCGGGAGUCGAAUGUUUGAAGCCAAUUGAAAUUGUUAAUAUAUUAAUUGAAAAGUA